AUGGCUGACCCAAAGGACCAAGAAGAGCAUGAAACCACUACAGAAACGGUGGAAGACUCCAAUCACGACCCUCAGUUUGAGCCAAUAGUGAACCUUCCUGAACAGGAAGUGAAAACGUUAGAAGAAGAUGAAGAAGAACUUUUCAAAAUGCGAGCUAAACUUUACCGGUUUGCAUCGGAAAUCGACCCACCCGAGUGGAAGGAGAGAGGCACCGGUGAUGUCAAGCUGCUCAGGCACAAAGACAAAGGCACAAUCCGCCUCCUGAUGAGAAGAGAUCGUACUUUGAAGCUAUGUGCCAAUCAUCAGAUUUUACCGAUGAUGGAACUGAAGCCCAACGCUGGCAGCGACAGAGCCUGGGUGUGGAACACACUAGCAGAUUAUGCAGAUGAAGAACCCAAACCUGAACUUCUGGCCAUACGCUUUUUAAAUGCAGAAAAUGCUCAGAAGUUCAAAGUGAAGUUUGAUGAAUGCAAAGAUGUGGUCAAAAGCAAAGUUGAGGAUUCAGAGGACGGUGAUAGUGCAAUCAAAGUGGCAGAGAAACUGGACAAGCUCUCGGUAAAAGACAAGAAAGAAGGUGAUAAGGAGACUGAAAAGAAAGAGACGAAGGAGGUGAAGGCUGAGGAAAUAAAUUGA